UUCAAUUUAUAUAAUUCCAGUUGGGCCCUUCACUUUCUUAUACACAUCAAAGAAAAAAAAGAAAGAAAGAAAAAUCCUUCAACUUGAAGCACAGCACUCUUUGAUUUCCACUUCGUCUUUGAUCUGUCCCUUUUAAUUUUUUUUUCUCUUUCAUUUUGAGGUCUAUUUUUUUCCACUCCCAAAAAACAAAAUAAGAAAAAAAAAAUCCAAUCUUUAUCUAUCUUCUAUAAGAUUUAUAAUUUAAUUAUUUUUUCCUUGUUUUUAUAGUGUUUUAAUUAUUUUUUCCUUGUUUUUAUAGUGUUUUUAUAGUGUUAAUCGCCUGGUAUAGAUUCUUCUCCAAGUGACUCUCAUUUUCUAGCUCAAUUUGUUUUUUAGGCUCAUCUGCCACAAAACCAACAUCUUUUGGCCAUAUAGUGUUUCUUGCCUUUGAAAAAAAAAAAAACAAUCAAGAUUUUUUUUUUCAUUUUUUUCUUCUAUGUUAUUAGUUAAAGUUGUUAACUUUAGCCUCAAAAUCUUGAAGUAGCUGAAUAUUGAGUGUUGUUUGAACUUGGAACUUUUGCUCUCAAGCUAUUUCUUUGGGGGAUUUUUGGUAAGGAAUUUGGUCUUGGCAUUACUUGACCUUUAAUAUUUUGUGAUCUUUUGAUUUGGGUUUUAACUGCAAAGUGAACUUGGUUUCUCCUAUUACUUUGGGGGCUUCCUGUUUGAUGCCAAUUGUUUUGUUUCCAAAGUUUUGAUGCUAAGAUGCAGCCUGAUCAGAGAAGAAAGUCAGCUGCGGAUGUAGAUUUUUUCACUGAAUAUGGUGAGGGAAGCAGGUAUAGAAUAGAGGAAGUAAUUGGAAAAGGAAGCUAUGGUGUUGUUUGUUCAGCGUAUGACACGCAUACUGGAGAAAAGGUUGCAAUUAAGAAAAUCAAUGAUAUAUUUGAACAUGUAUCUGACGCCACCCGAAUCCUCAGAGAGAUUAAACUUCUCAGGCUCCUACGUCAUCCAGACAUUGUUGAGAUCAAGCACAUAUUGUUGCCUCCUUCAAGAAGGGAAUUUAAAGAUAUAUAUGUGGUAUUUGAACUUAUGGAAUCUGAUUUACACCAGGUUAUCAAAGCAAAUGAUGAUUUGACCCCAGAACACUACCAAUUUUUUCUUUAUCAGCUUCUUCGGGGCCUGAAAUACAUUCACACAGCUAAUGUUUUUCAUCGGGAUCUAAAGCCCAAAAAUAUCUUAGCCAAUGCUGAUUGCAAACUGAAGAUCUGUGAUUUUGGACUUGCAAGAGUAGCUUUUAAUGACACCCCCACUGCAAUAUUCUGGACGGACUAUGUUGCAACAAGAUGGUACAGGGCUCCGGAAUUGUGUGGAUCCUUUUUCUCCAAGUAUACCCCAGCAAUAGAUAUAUGGAGCAUUGGGUGCAUCUUUGCUGAACUUCUAACAGGGAAACCUCUGUUUCCUGGAAAAAAUGUUGUCCAUCAAUUGGAUCUGAUGACUGAUCUUUUGGGAACACCAUCUGCUGAAGCCAUUGCUAGGGUACGUAAUGAGAAAGCUCGGAGAUACUUGAGCAGCAUGCGAAAGAAAAAGCCAAUUCCUCUCUCCCACAAGUUCCCUAAUGCAGAUCCUCUUGCUGUUCGUUUGUUAGAAAGGAUGCUUGCAUUUGAACCCAAGGAUCGACCUAGUGCUGAAGAGGCCCUAGCUGAUCCAUAUUUCAAGGGCUUGGCCAAAGUUGAAAGGGAGCCUUCCUCACAACCAGUUACCAAGAUGGAAUUUGAGUUUGAGAGACGUAGGAUUACAAAGGAAGAUGUUAGGGAGCUCAUAUACCGUGAAAUUCUUGAGUACCAUCCUAAAAUGUUGAAAGAGUAUUUGGAAGGAUCAGAGCCAACUGGCUUCAUGUAUCCAAGUGCAGUUGACCAUUUCAAGAAGCAGUUUGCUUUCCUUGAGGAGCACUAUGGAAAUGGUACGACUGCAGCUCCACUUGAGAGACAACAUGCAUCUUUGCCAAGGCCAUGUGUCUUAUAUUCAGAUAAUUCAGUACAAAACUCAACAGAUGUGACAGAUAACUUAUCUAAAUGUUCCAUCAAGGAAGCUGAGAAACCCCAAACAGAGAGAAGCUUUCCAAUCCCUAUGUCAAGGCUUCCCCCUCAAGUUCCUCAAAGCAUCCAAGCAGGUGCUGCCAGACCUGGGAAAGUAGUUGGAUCAGUACUGCGAUACAACAAUUGUGGGGCAGUAGCUGCAGGUGAGGCUCUUGAACAGCGAAGGAUGGCUCGGAAUCCUUCAGUUCCAACUCAGUAUACUGCCACAAAUUGCUCAUAUCCACGGAGAAAUCCCGUCUGUAAAGAUGAUGAAGAAAAUGAAUUGCAGCCAAAACCCCAGUACAUGGCUAGGAAAGUUGCUGCUGCCCAAGGUGGAUCAAGAAGUCAGUGGUAUUGACCUAAUAUCAACUACAAAUGGCCAACAAAAAAUGCCGGUGAGGAUUUAGUCCCAAAUUGCUCUUCCUACUGCUGGUUGAGGAAAGCUCAGACAAGUUACAAGUGAAGCUAUGCAUUGUAAUUUAUAGCACUAAUUUCAAAGAGAUGAAACUGUGCCUACCUAUCCUUCAUAAGAUAUGUGAAAGUUAGAGACUUGAGGAAAAGGCAAAAGUGAACUCUUUAACUUAUGAAGUUGGUUCUCUACUUUAUUUAUUCUUUAUUAACACCCUUAUCCCUCCGACGUGGCUUUCAGUUUUUUAUAUGAUGUUCUGGUUGUAUUAUUAUCUAAUAUUUGGUCCUAAAAGGAAACAUAUUAUGCUUCUCUGUUUGUUACAGUCAUUAUUACACCAUUACUGGUACUUCGGAAGCAAUCCCAGUAACCUGCUUUGAUUUGUUAAGGAAAAA